CGUUGAGCUGGAUGCCAACCGCCGAUAUUUGGAACGAAGAAGAAAAACAAAAUCAGGAAGUGUUGGACUCGUGUGGUCAGGAAAAUGUCUGUUUAUACUAUAAUUAGAGCAGUUUUCUUUAUUUUAGCGUUAAAAUACGUGUAGCACGUCCUUUUCAGCCACAACUUUUAACUGUGUGCUGCCGGUAGACUGCUCACCUAUGAUGGAACGAGCGAUGGAGCAACUGAACCGUCUGACUCGAUCCCUGCGCCGUGCGCGCACCGUGGAACUACCCGAAGACAAUGAGACUGCUGUGUAUACUCUGAUGCCAAUGGUCAUGGCUGACCAGCACAGGUCAGUGUCAGAGUUGCUGCUGAACUCCAAGUUUGAUGUGAAUUAUGCAUUUGGACGCGUGAAGAGGAGUCUCCUACACAUUGCUGCCAACUGUGGCUCAGUGGAGUGCCUGGUUCUGCUGCUGAAGAGAGGAGCCAAUCCUAACUACCAGGAUAUCUCUGGCUGUACCCCUCUGCACCUUGCUGCCAGGAAUGGACAAAAGAAAUGUAUGGGAAAACUCUUGGAAUAUAAUGCUGAUGUCAAUAUUUGCAACAACGAGGGACUGACUGCUAUUCACUGGCUGGCAGUGAACGGACGGACGGAGCUGCUCCAUGAUCUAGUCCAGCAUGUGUCCAAUGUGGAUGUGGAGGAUGCCAUGGGCCAGACGGCUUUACAUGUUGCCUGUCAAAAUGGACACAAAACUACGGUGUUGUGUCUUCUGGACAGUGGAGCUGACAUUAACCGGCCAAACGUAUCUGGAGCCACGCCUCUUUACUUUGCCUGCAGUCAUGGCCAAAGAGACACGGCACAGAUCCUGCUUUCUCGUGGUGCCAAAUACCUUGCUGAUAAGAAUGGAGUCACUCCUCUGGAUCUGUGUGCACAGGGUGGAUACGGUGAGACUUGUGAGAUUCUCAUCCAGCACCAUAGCAGACUGUUUCAAACACUGAUCCAGAUGACGCAGAGUGAGGAUAUUAAAGAGAACAUGCUCAGACAGGUUCUUGAGCAUGUCUCACAGCAGAGUGACAGCCAUUACCAGAGGAUCUUGACCAGUCUUGCUGAAGUUGCCACCACCAAUGGACAUAAACUCCUCAGUCUUUCCAGUACUUUUGAAGCACAAAUGAAAAGUCUGCUGAGAAUUGUUCGGAUUUUCUGCCACGUGUUCUGCCUGGGCCCAUCGUCUCCUAAUAAUGGCAGUGACCUGGGAUAUAAUGGCAACAAGACACCUCGCAGCCAAGUCUUUAAGCCACUGGAGCUGCUGUGGCACUCCCUGGAGGAAUGGUUGGUGUUAAUCUUCACAGAGAUUGAAAGAACAAAGCAGAACCCCUCGUCCUCUUCCUCCAGCAGUGAGAUCGCCUCCCUGCUCCUCAAACAGAGGGAAGUUGACCACUUUGGCUCUGCAUCAACGCUCUCACCGACACUGGAUCCUCAAAUCGUCAUAGAUACACAAGCAUAUGCCGAAGGGGAGGAUGUCAUCUCAAUGACAGCCAAUCGCCUCAGCGCUGUGAUCCAGGCCUUUUAUAUGUGCUGCUCAUGUCAGAUGCCACAAGGAAUGACGUCCCCCCGCUUCAUCGAGUUUGUCUGCAAACAUGAUGAGGUACUGAAGUGUUUUGUAACCAGGAAUCCCAAAAUCAUCUUUAACCACUUCCAUUUUCUCCUGGAGUGUCCAGAGCUGAUGUCACGCUUCAUGCAUAUUAUUAAGGGCCAGCCUUUCAAGGACCGCUGUGAGUGGUUCUAUGAGCAUCUGCUUGCCGGGCAGCCCGAUUCAGACAUGGUUCAUCGCCCGGUCAAUGAGAACGAUAUUCUGCUUAUCCACAGAGAGUCCAUAUUCAGGAGUAGCUGUGAGAUGGUUUCCAAGUCCACUAAUGAGAAACUCAAACAGGGCAUUGCUGUCCGUUUCCAUGGCGAGGAAGGGAUGGGCCAGGGUGUGGUCCGGGAGUGGUUUGAUAUCCUGUCCAAUGAAAUCAUUAACCCAGAUUAUGCCCUCUUCACUCAAUCAGCAGAUGGUACUACAUUCCAGCCAAACAGUAACUCCUCGGUAAACCCAGAUCACCUGAACUAUUUCCGGUUUGCAGGUCAGAUCCUGGGUCUGGCACUGUACCACAAACAACUGGUCAACAUCUACUUCACGCGUUCCUUCUACAAACACAUUUUAGGUAUCCCAGUGAAUUACCAGGAUGUGUCGUCUAUUGAUCCAGAGUAUGCCAAGAAUCUGCAAUGGAUCCUGGACAAUGAUAUCAGUGAUCUGGGUCUGGAGCUCACCUUUUCUGUUGAGACAGAUGUUUUUGGAGCCAUGGAGGAAGUGUCGUUGAAACCUGGAGGCACCAGUAUCCUUGUCACUCAGGCCAACAAGGCAGAGUACGUCCAGCUGGUGACAGAGCUCAGAAUGACACGAGCCAUCCAGCCUCAGAUAAAUGCCUUCUUGCAAGGGUUCCACACCUUCAUCCCCCCCUCGCUCGUCCAGCUUUUUGAUGAAUAUGAAUUGGAGCUCCUGCUGUCUGGGAUGCCUGAGAUCGAUGUUCAGGACUGGUACAGGAACACUGAGUACACCAGUGGCUACGACCCUCAGGAGCCAGUCAUUGUGUGGUUCUGGGAGACUGUGGAGAGUCUAACCCAAGAGGAAAGGGUUCUACUGCUUCAGUUUGUCACUGGAAGUUCCAGGGUCCCUCACGGAGGCUUUGCGUACCUGAUGGGUGGCAGUGGCUUACAGAAGUUCACAGUUGCUGCAGUGCCAUAUACCUCCAACCUACUGCCAACCUCUAGUACCUGUAUCAACAUGCUGAAACUCCCAGAGUACCCGAACCAGGAGGUUCUCAGAGACCGCCUGCUGGUAGCACUGCACUGUGGCAGCUAUGGAUACACCAUGGCAUAACCAUCACAUCGCUUCCUGCUGCUGCUGCUGCUUGACAGAAUAUGAAUAAGGAGGCGUGUGAUUGUGCUGAGGUUCUGCAAACUCUGUCACCUCCUCCUGAUUUUGGGAGACAGACUACAGACAUCUAGAAAAAAAAUCCUUAAUUUCAAUUGAAACAUCCUUUAUUCUGAACCUUGUUUCUGUUAGUUUAUGAAAAGAUUUUAUUAUAUUUAAAUAUUCAUACUUUCAUGCUUAACUUUUCUUUUUAAAACAAACAUGCUGGAGCACCUUUUUUUCUUUCAGAAUUUAAUCGACACAUUGAAGCAGACAGUGAAAUGAAGAAUCUUGUCUUCAAAAUCUUGUCUUCAGGUGUUAUUUGUACUCUUGUCUGCUGGAUACAUAAGGAUGGGAGUAAAAUAAAGACAAAUCAGUUUAAAAUGCAACAUUUGCAUACAUACUGUCAAAGCAACUUAGUGUUAGACUGUCAAAAUAAUGCAUUCAUUUCAGUGAAUUAGCUGUAGAAAAA